GCUGUUGAAAGUUGGGGCCAGCGGAAACCAGCAUUUUCUCUUCCCAUGUUUAAAAGGCGGAAUGCCCGUUCUUCAUGAUCUGUGAAACCAGGAUGCCAACAACACUUGACAGCAGUUUCUGGACACGCAACUUCUUUAUCCACGCCGCUUCCAUCUUCCCAAGAAUCCCCCCUUUACAUUUCUCUUCUUUAACAACCAUGCAACGCAACCCCGUCCCUGACUGCAUCAUGAUGAGAACAUCCCGCACACCUGAGAAGACUUAUCAUCAUCAUCCAACUUUGACGUGCCGGAGAUGAACCAGCCCAGCCAGCCCAGCCAGUCUCCCACAUCAGCCCUAGUCAACGAACCAUACGAGCAAGGACCGACCGGCCUCUGUCUCUCUUGUCAUCAAAUCAAAAGUCUAGUGUCCACCCAUAAUAAUUCCUCCUUCAACUCAUCAUCAUCAUCAUCAAUCACCAUGAGUAAAAAGAAGAGACCCGCUCCUCUCCAAAGGCAGGAUGUCAUUGUCCGAUGGAAGAACUACUUUGGCGCCGGUGAUCUCGAAGAUUGGCAGCGUCUGUGUGAGGACCUGGGGUUGGGUGGUGGUGAAUUUGGCAGCAAGACGAAAUGUCGAACGGCUCUUAAAAGCAUCAACGUCAACAUCUGGGACUUCCUCGAUGCCGUCGAGGUGGGGAACAUCCCGCAAAUGUUUCUCACCAAGAAGGAACUUGUCAAAUACACUCUGAAGACUGGACGGAUAUUUCCCAGAGAUGAAGCGAAGGACAUGGGGCCGGUAGCAGCUCUGCUGAAGAUCCUGCGUUAGAUUAUGGGUUGUGGUGCUUGAGUGGCCGAGAUAUGUGGACGAAGGGAAGCUGAAAGUGUAAAAUGUCUUGUGGUAUGGUUGUCGAAAUACAUGGGCUGUCUAACUUCAUAUGUCUGGACAAUACCUACUGAAAC